UUACACAAUACAGCAGCAUUCUACAGACUUCACAAUUGACAAGUCCUAGUGAUGCACCUACGAAUGUAAUUUUAAUUCCACAAAGGAGGUCAUUGACAGUUAUCUUUGACACACUUAGAAGACCAAAUGGGCGAAUAACGACAUAUGAAAGCAAUAUAUACAACUUGGAUGCAGGAACAGAUACAAUUCAAAAUCACACUACAGCGAGAAAGUUAUCAAUUACUGUUGAAACUAUAAUCAUAAGAGACUUAGAACCAUAUACAAACUAUACCAUACGGGUGAGAGCAUACACCAGUGUAGGGAGUGGUCCGUGGAGUGGUCCGGUCUCCGAAUGUACUCUAGAAGCAGCACCCGAAAAUGUAUCCAGUUUUAAUGCUGCUCCAAUUAACUACACUACUGUGCAUUUAACAUGGACCCCUCCUACAAAGCGAAAUGGUAUUAUACGAGAAUAUGUUAUUAAAAAUCCUCCUGCAGCAAAUGUUAGAGUCCCAUCUACCACACAAGAAUAUAUAGUGACCGGAUUAAAUGGUUACACUCACUAUACAUUUGGAAUAGUGGCAGUUACUGUUGAAGUUGGAAAUGAAGCCCGAAUUAGUGUACAAACUCCAGAAGGACCUCCGACAAUUGUGCGCAAUCUUGAAGCGCCGAAAGACGGAAUAACCGCAUGCAGUAUUACCUUGAUUUGGAAAGAACCUGAAAUACCACAUGGUAUUAUAAGGCACUAUAUCAUAAGACAUAUAAGUACACAAACAACAAAGAAUGAAGAAAAAAUCGAAUUAACAACUACCACUAACCUGACCCUAGAAAAUCUCCAUCAUGAUUCUACAUAUGACAUCAAGGUUGCAGCUGUAACUGUUAGUGAGGGGCAGGGUUCAUCAGUUACAGUAACAACUUUAUCAAAACCGCCUCUUUCACCCGUAAGUAAUGUUGGUGCAAUCGUAGGGGGAACGGUAGUUGGCCUGCUGUUUUUCCUGAUAUUGGUCAGUAUCACUGUUGUGCUGCUUAAAAGAAAUAAAAG